GUCGUAAAAAGCAACUAGGCGAGGUACGGCAUCGCAGGGAGAAUACUAGAUUUAUUGAUGUCGGAGUUUUUUGAAUGAUUUUCUGUCACAUCGUACGCAUACUACGGUUUGCCAACUGAUUCUGCUUCCAAAAUUAAGCGAUGCUGGUCACCGUUUUCUGCGCGCCGAGAGAUCGCCCAGAAAGCACAUUCGCCCUCGAUGUGUCUCCAGAGCUGGAGCUGAGAGACUUUGUGGCACUUUGUGAACUGGAAUCGGGAAUCCCGGCGGGGGAAAUUCAGAUCUCCUAUGUAGAGCAGCCCCUAAAAGACCCCACUCGUGCCUUGGGGACCUACGGGGUGAAGGAUGGAGACGUCGUGGUCCUCAGGCAAGCCGACAAAAGGCCGCCACCCACUCAGCCAGCCUUCCCAGGUCUGCCCCAUAUCGACUUUCGCUCCAUCACAGUCCCAGGCGCCUCGACUUCAACCGCUCCCCAUAGUACCGUCAGGCCGCCGCAACAACAGGCCGCACCACCGGCGCUGCAGCAGCAACAGCAGCAGCAGUUGCCCCCUCAGCAACAACCACAGCUCAGCACGCAGCCCUCCACCAUCAACCCACCGGCCGUUCGCGGCUCCUCUUCUCAGGGGCUUGACGACCCCGCCUUACUCCAGCAGAUGCUCCUGUCCAAUCCGCACGAGCUGUCUCUCCUAAAAGAGCGAAAUCCACCGCUCGCCGAGGCCUUGCUGAGCGGAGAUCUAGAGCGCUUUACCAAAGUUCUGCUGGAGCAACAGCAGGAUCGAGCCAAGCGCGAGCAAGAGCGAAUCCGACUGCUGACUGCAGAUCCUUUCGAUUUGGAAGCGCAGGCAAAGAUCGAGGAGGAUAUCAGGCAGCACAACGUAGAAGAAAAUAUGACAAUUGCAAUGGAGGAGGCCCCAGAAAGCUUCGGGCAGGUUGUUAUGCUCUACAUUAAUUGCAAAGUCAACGGGCACCCUGUCAAAGCUUUUGUCGACUCAGGCGCUCAAAUGACCAUCAUGAGCCAAGCCUGUGCAGACCGCUGCAACAUCAUGCGAUUAGUCGAUCGCCGCUGGGCAGGCAUCGCCAAGGGUGUGGGCACGCAGAAGAUCAUUGGCAGGGUUCAUUUGGCUCAGGUCCAGAUCGAAGGGGACUUUCUUCCUUGCUCUUUCUCCAUCUUGGAGGACCAGCCGAUGGACAUGCUGCUCGGUCUCGACAUGCUUAAGAGACAUCAGUGUUCGAUCGAUCUGAAGAAAAGCGUCCUUGUCAUCGGCACAACGGGCACCGAGACUCGUUUCUUGUCCGAGGCCGAGCUGCCCGAAUGCGCCCGGCUAGCCUACGGGCCCGAGGGACGCGAGGCAGCCCGCCCCGAAGAGAUGGCGGACAGGGAGCUUGCGGAGGCACUUCAGCGGUCCAUACACGAAAGUGACACUGCAGACGGACAGACUACCUCACCGCAGCCGCCGCCAUUGUCACUACCCACAGCCACAGACCAAAUGUCCUCAAGCGCCCAUCCCCACAAAGCUGACUCGGAUUGCUCAGAGUCCACCCUGGAGCUGACCUCAGGAUCGGACCAACUUGGCCUCCAGGAACCUCAUCUGCCUAUAGAGCAGGAUCAGCUCCAGCCGCCCCCUCUGGAAGAUUGUACUGUCUCGGUAGAAGAAGCCCCGGGACCCUGUCAGUCAGCUGAAGCCCUCCAUUGUCCAGAAGGUAAUGAGAACGGGACUACGGAAGCAUCCCAAACAGAGAACAGCCCAGCCCUCCCCUAUCCAGAACUAGCACCCAGUCAGCCCAUGGAGCAUGAGGCAGCCGAGUCUGGAACGACAGAUCCUUGCCAGUCGGGCUCUGUCCAAAUGGACUCCUCGUGCCGGGAUCAGCCCGAGAGCUCUGACAGCAUCCCGUCCCUGGCCGCUGCUCUCUUGGAGCUCCAUGAACUGCUGCUCUCCAACAACUGCAGUACUCCCCAUCCCUCGACGCAUCCCCAGGAGGAGGAGCCAACCCGAGUCAGAGCAGAACCAAGCAAUGCCAAAGCCAAACCAUCUACUGCUUGCGAUGUGUCCUCUGAGAGUGCAGGGGCAGACUCUUCGGAAGGGCCUCUGGAGCCUCCAUCUGAAGCCAGAGACCCCAACGUCUAUCAUCCCGAGUUAGUGGCUCCUCCACAACCCCCAACUGUAGCCAGAGACUCCAGCAUUUAUCAUCCCGAGUCAGCAAGUUCCCCCAAUUGUGACGGGGACUUCAGGGAACCCCUGGAGGGGCACCAGGGGAGCGGGGAUGCACACGGACGAGUAAGCACGCCGGACAGUCUUGUCUCCGGCCCCACCUACGCCCCACCUCCCAUAACCUUUACAGAACAAUAUCCAGCCGAACACAUCCAGAGAAUCCAGGCUGCAGGUUUUUCUGCCCGCGAUGCUGCAGAGGCUCUCGAGCAGGCGCACGGGGUCGUGGAGCUGGCUUUGCUGGCCCUCCUGGCCCGGAGCAUCACCGUGCCCACCUAAGACUCCAAGCCCGCCCCCCCCCACCAACGUCUCAUCUCCUUUUUAUGCUUUUGGGUUUUGAUCCAGAUGUCUCGUGCCCCUCUUUGCAGGGAAUGUGUCUUAACAGGGAUAUGCUGUCGCACAGUACUGAUCAUCCUUUUCUUGACAUUAGCGGAUAUGCGUGGUGCAUAUUUGCACGCCGACGUCUCGGGCGUACAUCCAUCUGAAUGAUUUUUGGGUGUUUUCUAAUAUACAUUGAUUUUUCUUUCUUUGUGAUCCCAUAUCAAUACAUGUCAUUUAUUGUUGAAGCAAAAUACAUAUAUGAUUUGACCUUUCUUAUCUGUAAGCGUAGUACACAUCUAAAUUAUUCAAAUUGUCAAAGACCAGACAUGAUGAGGAGGGGUUGACUAAUAUGUGAUUUUGAGCCAUCUGAUAAUCAGACUCUGAUCACAAGUAUAGAAAAUGCUCCAGUUAUCAGUUAGUCUUGAACUUUUUUUGAGAUGGGUGAGAAGUUAUCAAUCCACAUAAUCGUUCUGUGACAAAUAAUCAGCUUGAUUUUGAUUGAAAAAAAUGGGGAGAGUGCUCAAAUUCAGCCAGUGUAUUUACACUGCUUCAUGUAAUUUCUACCAUAUUUUGUUUUUUUGUCAAUAAUGACAUCAUUUAUUGUUCAACCAUGGGAUGUUUAACUUGCGUCUUGCCAUUUUCUGAUGUUACCCAUGGAAAAGUAAAUUCUCUCUAAAAGUUGCCACGAUACAGUAUAUUAAACACGUUUACAAAUCUACCAAAAAUAAGAGCGAGAAAAUGUGUUAGACACAAAAAUCCAAUUUUUGCGCUUUUCUUGUUGUCGUUAUUGUUCGAUGUAUGUUUAUCAGUUUUUUUGUAUGUCAAAUCAAGAUGGAUGUUCAUUUCAUUCUUUUCUGAAUAUAGAUUGAAAUCUACCCGUCAUCUUGUAUCACAUGGCUUUAUCCGGUCAUCUGCCAUACAAUGUUUUCUGAUGAUUUAUUUACGUUUGUCUUGUAUGAGAUUGCAAAAUAAAACGGGGAUUAGAAUUUG